UUCGAGCGUAGAGUACAGUCACUGCGCGGCGAGCACGCACAGCACCGGGGCAGUCCGCAACCAAAGGUACUGAUUGCGAGCGGUGACCGAGUCACGUUAAAUAGUAAUAUUUAAAACACACAAAAAAAAAAAAAAAAAGGAAGGGGGAUACCGAAGGAUAAAAUUCGAAAGAAAAAACAAAUUUCAAAAAAACGAAAAUACAAAAAAAAAAAAAAAAACAACCAACAGUAUGUAAAAUUAUCUGAGGAGAGUUUAUCGCCACGACGAGAGAAAAUUUUUAAAACAGAAAAAUUUAAAAUUCGAACAUAUAAAAUCAAACUGUACGUAUUAAGUUGAGGAAGGAACAAAAUCCGGCCGACCGCGAAGAUCUACCAGCGGCACAAACCUCGCGACGCCGCUCAAAUACUCUGUACAUGAUAUACAUCUAUACGUGUUUUAUGUGAAAAAGUGUUUUUCUUUCCUUUCGUUUCUGGUUCCCCUUCGUUUGUUCAUGUAUUUAUUUAUCUUUUAACUAUCUUUCAUCGUGAAUAUCAAUAUAAUGUUCAUGUAUAUCGAAAAGUUACUGUGAAUCGUAAUAUGCGGAAGUUUGAUUUACCUUUAUCGCGGUGGAUCGAGGAAAGUACUGUUUACCAGGACUAUAACGAUGACGAGAGUAAUAAUUUUUGUGAUAUCGAUACGUAGGAUGUGAAACAAGAUAAAAAAAAAAAAACAAACAAACAAACAAAAACAAACAAACAAAAUACUGAAAAAAGAAAAAAAAAAAAAAACUAAGUAAAACAAAAACAAACUAAUCUAAUAUCGAUAUAUACCUUUCAAGGGAAAACAGCACAGUUUAACAGAUCGUACAAAUCUACCGCCUUCUAACAAGCCACAUUAACCUCAAGUGAUUUCUAUUUUCUUACGAAACGCGAAAGAAUGAAUUAGUGUGUGUAUAUGUUGUAAUCUUGUAUUUCAAGAGCUUAGGUUCAGAAGAAACAAAAAAAGCGAAAAAAAAAAACGAGAUUUUUAAAUAAAAUAAAAUACAAAUUUAAACAGAACGAAGAAGAAGAAGUAAUAAACAAACAAAAAAAAAAAAAAAAGCAAACAAAAUAAAAUAACAAGAGCUAUAGUAUCGUAUCUAUCUUAUCUAGUGUACAAAUUAUAUCUGAAAAAGUCCGCCAGUGCCAAAUCGAAAAUAAAAAAGUGAAUAAUAAUGAUAAAACCGCAAACCAAAGAAACUACCAUUUUCUACUAAUCAUUGAAAUAAUAAUAAACGAACAAACAUACAAGCAAGAAAGGAAACAAAAUUAAUUAAUAAUACUCUUAAAGGGAAUCGAAGUCCUUCAUACUCAGUAAUUAAUAAAAAAAAAAAAAAAAAAAAAAAACAACUACAAAUAGGAAAUUUAUAUUUAUAAAUCGUAAGUACAGUAUCUACAAGUUUUUUUUUUAAAACGAGCACACUAAAAGAAAUAAAAAAAAAUUAAAUAAAAAAAUUUAUACAAGCGAACAAAAUAAUAUGAAAUAAAAUGAAAAACUACUGAAUUUGAAGAAAACACGAAAGGAUACUUCAGACAGAACCGAUCUACUUCAGAGCGUAGCCUAAACCUGACGAGUACAAAAAUUACCUAAUACUUACACUCCACGAUUACACCGAAUAGCUAAGCAUGGCAAAAUUCUCGCGUACGAUGCCUGUCGUAGCUUAAAUAACCCAUAAUCGCAGCACGUUUAUUGAGAUAGAAGAGGUCAGAAACCGUGAACGACGUACAAAAGGAUAAGAAGGAUUAUUUUCCCGUGAGAUAUUCGGUAGAGAGAGAAAAAAAAAUAAAAUAAAAUAAAACGAAGAACAAAAAAAUAUUUAUAAAAAAAAAGAAAAAAAAAAUAACAAUAUAAAGCAAAUAGAUAAAAUAUAAACUAAAGAGAAGAAAGCGAAAACAAGUGAGAUAACAAGUGAAGAAAUAGUCCAAAUGUCUUUACUGCGGGUGAGCGGAGUCGAGUAUUCAAUUUCUUUCGUAAGUCGAAGCUAAAUCGUUAAAUAGAAGGCACAUUCGAAAAGCCCAGAAGCUCGGAGGGAUGGCCCUUAAGAUGUGGCGGGGAAGAUGAGCGCUGACGUCACCAAGGAGGUCGCCUCCGAGAGGGUCAGCCCUCCGGCAGCAGCGACCUCGCCGAAUUCCGGCACGGGGGACCCUGCAGCUCGUCACCUUCCGCCUUUCAGCAGCUUCGCAGACGGCACCAUGGACAGCUCCACUACGCUCACUACGCUCCAUCCCCAAGACGUUGGUCUGGGGCUCACAUCCUCCUGGGAUUAUUACGAGGGACUCACGGGUCGACUGAUCGACUCCAGAGGCGAAGUGGUACUCGCGAGUCAGUACCGACCUUGGGAGUCGAAGAACGCCGGUGGCGAAGGACUACCGAGUUUCGCGAGCCAAUUCACGGCGCCGAGUGAAUCCGAACCGCAACUGACCGCCCUCACCCCCCUAUCGCCCGCGUCCGUGUCGCAUUCGCCACCGGUUACCGCCGUAGGAUUGCCCAGUUUUCACACCUUGGGCAGUCCGCUCCCCACGCCUCAUCCUCAUCCUCAUCCUCAUCCACAUCCUCACCGCGCCCCGGUGGGGUAUCCUCUGGUUCCCGCGCCCGUGCAGGCGAGGGAGGUCCCGGCUCUUCAGCAACAAUUGCUCGACGAACGUCACAUACAACUACUGGGUUCCAGUCCGGUACAGGCGUUUCCGCCGCCGCCGGGACAUCCACAUCACACCGUGCUAACCGUCGUUAAACCCGAAUACCCCCAGCUACAUCAUACGAACUUUCAAAACCCAAUGUCCACGGUAUUGGACACGCCCGUUACGUCUCGCGUUAAUAUCGACGGGCGUAAAAAGGAGCGUAGAAAAAUUCGCGCCGGUUCCAUGGAAUCGGAAGACGGAGCUAACGUGGAAAGUUCGGGUCAGGUGGCCGCCGUCUCUUCGACCGCCAACAGAGGACAACAUCACAUGGGGGGUGGGAUGGGCGACGGCGACAGCGAGGGGGGACUCGGAGAUAAACCCGCCAAGAAGAAGAGGAAGAGAUGCGGGGAGUGCAUCGGGUGCCAGCGUAAAGACAAUUGCGGCGAUUGCGCGCCAUGCAGGAACGACAAAAGUCAUCAGAUAUGCAAAAUGAGACGGUGCGAGAAACUGACGGAGAAAAAGCAUUUAUAUCACCUGCAAACAGGCGAUGGAGCUUUCAGAGAACGAGGCAGAGGCAGAGGGAAAGGAACACCUAGGAGUUAUCGGAAGAUCGCGCGCCAAGUUAGCACGCCGGAUACCCCAUCGGUCGGACUUGGCAGUCCUCAGGCAGGCAUUGGUGGCUUGCAGCAGCAACAACAACAACAACAACAACAACAACAACAACAUCCUCAGCAACAAGGGCUACACGUCGACGUUAUGCAGCAGGCCAAGGACAGUCUGUCGCCAGCGGUAGUUCAGCAGCCCGGAGCUCUUCGCAACGGGAAUCCUCCGCCGCCCGUCGUCUCCAUGUCCCCUGGAGUAAUGCCGGGAUUUUACGGUGAUACCGGGGCGGGAUUCCGACCUGCAGCCGGAUUCGGAAACACAGUUUGGCACCAAGGAGUCGGUCCUGUUGGGGCGGUCACCGUGGAGGCCUCACCAACCGCUUGGCCCCCACAACAAUUCAUUCAACAAAUUCCAGCGCCUAAUCAACUCGAAGAACUGAGAUAUCACACUCAGUACAGCGCUGCAACACCUUACCAUCCACAACCUGUUGCCUAUCAGCAACAGGCGUUCAUUACAGCUGAUCAAUCAGCAUUUCAGCGGGCGGGAGCGACCGGACAGUACGCUAUCACGGGGCAACCCUCGCCUCUAGCACCAGUAAUCGCUCAAUCAGCGGCUACGACUGUUCAAAGACCGAUUAAUGGUCAGUUUAUGGAUCCUGCAGCCACUGCAGGUCAGCCAGUUGGUUACGAAAGACAAGAAUAUGUGAAUGGAUACCAACAGCAGGAUGUGACAAUGGCUCCACCCCCUUCGACAACACCGACAAGUCGGAGUAGCUCGGUUCAUAUGGAAACUCAGUCAAAUCAGCAGACCCAACAACAGCAGCCGCCAUCGGACACACAAGUAAAGGGCUUUGCCGCGAUUGCCGCCGGGGGUGUGUCGGGAAACGAGAUGCCUGGGUAUCCACUUCAACAGGGCCCGCAGAGUUUACACAGCUCUAACGGAUAUCCAGGCUACGUAGAAAUGGGUCAACAGCAAGCGCAAAAUCAAUGGCAGACUCAGGUCGCACAACAACAACAACAACAACAACAGCAACAACAACAACAGCAACAACAACAACAGCAACAGCAACAGCAACAGCAACAGCAACAGCAACAACAACAACAGCAACAACAGCAACAGCAACAGCAACAACAGCAACAACAGCAACAGCAACAGCAACAGCAACAGCAACAGCAACAGCAACAGCAACAGCAACAACAACAACAGCAGCAACAGCAACAACAACAACAACAGCAACAACAACAACAACAACAACAGCAACAACAAAAUCAACAGCAAAUGCAACAACAGGCUGUGUCUGAUGCAAAUCAACGUCACAUAUGGUCAGAUACCAAUACAAGUGCGAAAAUCGGCGGUGUGAACGGUAUGACGUGGUCUGACGGUAGCUUACAGCAACAGCAACAGCAAAAUCAGCAGCAGCAGUUGCAAAAUCAACAACAGCAACAACAGCAACAGGAGCUGCAAAAUCAACAACAAAGAUUGCAGAACAGUCUGAAACAACAGAAUGAGCAGCAGCAAGUUCUGCAAAGUCAACGUCAACAGAUACAAAAUCAGCAGCAGAGUCUUCAAAAUCAACAAGAGCUUCCAAGACCAGCGAGUCACAUGAGCUGGGAAAAUAGCAGUAUUAAAGAACCGCCAACUCCCCAAUCUUGGACGGAAAAUACGGAUAAUCAACAGCAACAACAAUCGCAAGGAAAUUGGCCCCAGCAAAGUCCGAAGCUAAGAGACGCGCCAAACCCACGACUCACGCCGUCCGCUCAACAGCAGAAUCAGCAGGGCUGGCCACAACACUCUCCUAAGGUUACUGACCAUCAAAGUCAGCCAAACCCUCGGAUGACUCCCUCCGGUCAGCAUAACUGGCAGCAAAAUAGUCCCGAGAAUCAAAAUCAGCCGUCGAGUCAACAGAAUCCUAGGCUAACGCCGUCUGGUCAACAAAUUCAACAGCAACAAUGGCAGCAAACCAAGAUCGAACAAAAUCCAAGAUUAACGCCUUCGAAUCAAAUGUCCUGGCCGGAUACGCCAACUAGUCAACCCAACUGGUCACCGAGUAGUCUGAAAAGUGACGGAAGUCAACAGCCCCAGCAACCCUGGCCAGAUUCUCAACCUAGUCCAAGACGAACUCCGGGUCAUCAGCCCGGUGCAUGGCAGAGCCAGACAUCGCAAGAAAAUAAAAUGGAUAACCAGAUGAAUUGGUCGCCUAAUUCGACCGCGGAAAAUCAAGCGACCUGGGGGCAACAGCCGACGAAACAGGACAUGCAAAAUUCAGGAGAAAGAAUUCUGUGGCAACAGGGCACUGCGGAGGGCAACAAGCAGAAUGGCUUCCCGGAAAAUUCUCAAGAAACCCAGGAUAGCAUGUUCUCGCAAUCGAACAGAGUGAAUCUUAAUAGCCGAUUGAAAACUAUGAUACUAAAUAAGCAGCAACAACAAAUGCAGCAACAGCAACAACAACAAAUGCAGCAACACCAGAUGAAUCAUCAGGAACAGCAGCAACAGCAACAACAUCAUCUUCAUCAUCAGCUCGGGCAACACUCCAACGGCAACAAUAAUCCGAACGCCGAUUUCCCCACGGAUGAAAGAUUGAGAGAACCUAACGAAAACGCUGAUAAGUUGCAAGAAAAAAGACCGGCGGAGUAUCUGAAUCAGGCAGCCAUGAUGUCCAUGGCGCAAACAAACGAAUCAAUGACCGGUAAUUUUUUAUUGCAUAGCCACCACCCUCGGGCCAAUAGUUUGCCCGACGGUGGUGGCUUAUGGGAGUGGACAGGAGGAGGAAAUAACACGAGUAAUACAAACGACAGUAACAUGAUGCCAGAAACGGGAAUAACCGCGAUUGAGAACUUCAUGAAAUACGCUAACGUCGAGAAGGAAGAUACUGCGAAUAAACAAACGCCGGCAAAUACGGAACACCAGGCUUGGACGGGGUCUGACAGACCUGGUACAGAAGAUCCCAACGUCGAUGACAAGUCGUUUCAGCAACGCCUUGGUAUUCCACAAAAUUCGGAUGCGACAUUUUCGGAACAAAAAAGCCAAGAUGAGACGACGUUACCGAAUCAGGAAGAAACGAAGAUCGAUUACAAACCCGACGACGAAGUUACCUUCGACAAGAAUCCAGAGGUCCCUCAAGAAACUCAAACAUUUAAUUCCGAGAGCGCUAAAAGUCCGGCAAAGUUCGACUCUGAGAAUAUCGAUGAUGAGGUCAAGUACAAUUCGGAACAAGUUAUCAAGCAGGAAGUUAUACCCUUCAAUUGUUCGCCUCUGGAGGGUGUUCCGGAAUGUUCGAGGAGCGAGGACGAGACCUCGCAAAAUCUGGAAGCCGUUGUAAAAAGAGAACCCGACCAGAGAUGCCAUUUAGCGGAAACAAAUUAUAAAUUCAGGGGUGACGGUGGCCCUGCGACGCUAUCCUCGGAAAUCGGCUCUUGGUGCUGUCGAAGGGGUGGUACCGAACAACCAACGCCUGAACAUCUGCGAGAAGGUUGUUGUCAAGGAUUGCAGACGAGGGAUGAAAUUUUGGCGGAACCUUCACCGAAGGCCAAUAAUCAAGACGUUAAAAGCGAAGGGCCCAACAGCCCCAGAGCCGCAGCUACACCCAAGUUACAGGAUCACUUGGAAAAAUUGAAGAAUAAUGUGAGGACCGAAGUGCCGGACUGCAACUGCUUUCCAGCUGAUAAAUUUCAACCAAAAGGUCCACCCGAACCCGGUUCGUUCUACACCCAUCUUGGCACAGCAGCGAGUCUCGCCGACCUUCGCAAUGAUCUUGAAAGGAGAACUGGACUGAAGGGAGUCGCGAUAAGAUUUGAAAAAGUUAUUUACACCGGCAAAGAAGGGAAGACGACGCAGGGAUGCCCACUCGCUAAAUGGGUAAUUCGAAGAUCUGGUACCGAAGAGAAAAUACUGGCGGUAGUGAAGCAUCGCCAAGGACACAAAUGCCAAACCGCUUGGAUAGUGGUGGCUAUGGUCGCAUGGGAGGGUGUUCCGAACCACGAAGCCGAUAGAAUUUACUCACUUCUCAGCCACAAACUUAAUCGGUUUGGACUUCCGACUACCAGAAGAUGUGGAACAAACGAACCGAGAACUUGCGCUUGUCAGGGUCUUGACCCCGAUUCUUGCGGAGCUAGUUUCUCGUUCGGAUGCUCUUGGUCGAUGUAUUACAACGGAUGCAAAUACGCCAGAAGCAAAACCGUCAGAAAGUUUCGACUCUCAGUGCGAACCGAGGAGCAAGAGGUGGAAGAACGAAUGCAUGUCUUGGCGACCCUGUUAUCUCCUCUUUACCUGAGUCUGGCACCGGAAGCUUUUAACAAUCAAACGCAAUUCGAACGCGAAGCAAGUGAAUGUCGUCUGGGAUUUAAACCUGGUCGCCCGUUCUCCGGAGUUACAGCUUGCAUAGACUUUUGCGCACAUUCGCACAGAGAUCUGCACAAUAUGAACAACGGCUGCACUGUGGUGGUGAGUCUGACGAAACAUCGAUUGCUCACAAAACCGGAUGAUGAACAACUGCACGUUCUUCCGCUCUAUAUCAUGGAUGAAUCUGACGAGUUUGGUUCGAAGGAAGGACAAGAGGAAAAAGUGCGAACGGGAGCCAUCGAAGUUCUAAGCAAAUAUCCCUGUGAGGUAAGAGUUCGUUCGGUUCCCCUCCAGCCUUGUCGUCGUCAUGGCAAAAAACGGAAAGAAGACGAACCCGAUGCGGCCAGCAAUAAAAAAGAAGCAGCUAAGAAUCAAACCGAUAAGGCGAUCGAACCCACUCGCGGAACAUGUCAUCAAGAUCCUCACAGAACCCCCGGAAGAGACCCAUCUCUCUCUUUGGAAAUGGCGACUAUGCUCGAAGGGAUGGAUGCCCAACUCCAGAGUUCCCAGGUAUCGUCAACUGUUCUGGACAGUCCUGUUUCGAUGUAUCAAGGUUGGGGUUAUCAGGGAGACCAACAAUGGGCGAGAAACGGUUGGUUAGAUCAGCGAAAAAAUAACUGGUUAAAUCCGUGGGGUGAUUAUCCGUUCGGUGGAUUAGAGAGGGACAUCAAAGUCGAUCCCGACAGCACAAGCCUCGACGAUACAAGACCUAGAAGUGCGUUUUCCCAAGAAGACAUGCGCCCGGGUUCCCGAAAUUUCCCGAACUCUACCGCAGACUCGCCCAGGGGAAGCUACGCUUUGUCGCCAAGAGGCCAUCCCGUUUCUCCGAGGAGUUCGUACUCGAAUACCCCCGGAGAACCGGGCUACUCGGUGUCUCCUAGGGGAUACCCGCCGACCCCGCAAGAACAGAGAAUGCCAUCGCCGAGGGGUUCGGGUUACCCGUGCGGUGCUCCGGCAGAAGGUAAUCAUCAGUUUUCCGCACCAUUGGCAAGAGGCUACCAGAAUCCUGGACUCGAUAACAGGCACGUCACCGCGUCCCCUAGAGUUGGCUUACAUCAAUCUUCCCCGCAUUCUGAAAUGUUGCAACGGAAUACAUCGCCCCGAGUCGGGUAUUCGCCUGCUCCCCUUGCUCCAGAGUCUCCGCAUGCCAACCAAUCUUCUAGUUUAUCGUAUCCGAGAAACAUGCAACAGCAACCAAAUUACGCCGAGGGACAUGUUCAACUCAGAUUAAGUUCCCCUAGAGGACAGAGCGAUUCCAAUCAGCAAAGAUAUCCCGUUAACAUCAGCUCUAUGCAAAAUUGCGGCAUAGGAAAUCAACGAUCAUCGAAAUUGCCUUCUCCAAAAUUACAAAUCGAUCCCAAUCAGGGUUUCUCCGCAAGAUCCCAACACGGAUAUCCCCAGCAGCAUACACCGCAGUCUCCUCAAGAUUCUUAUUUGGGAGUUCCUUCCGCCGAGAUGUCAUCGGUUCCUAUAGAAACGGAGGUUCAAAAAUCCCAUUUUCAUUCGCCGCGAAAUCUUUACCCGGGCAUGCAGAACUCGGACUUCGUUCCGCAUAGUUCCUCUCUACAUUUACCGUCCCCCGAGCAUCCUCCCGGUCAUCAGCAGGCCGGACACCAUAGCCAUAACAUGAUGAUGGGAUCUUCGGAGCAAAAGCAGCCGGAAAAUUCGUGCGCGAAAAACAUAUCGCACAGACAGUCGGAUUCCAUGAGAUCAGCGGCAAGCCCAUUCGUUCCUGCAUCUCCGGAACACGGUCCGUCCUGUGGAAAUAACAGCAACAAUUGGAACUCCCUCAAUACGUGGGGAUCGGGUGCGCUGAAGCCUCCGGAUCAUCAUCAAGGAGACCAUUCGCAUCCAAACGUUAACGAACAGCAAAAGAGUUCGCAGAUGUGGAACGAUAGGGGAGGAAUAAGUCAGGGUGAACAUACGAAAAGUCAAGCAUCUUGGGAGGCGCCCAUGGAACCCUCGCCGUUUCGCGUACCGAAGGGAAGACCACCGUCGCGAACCGCGCCCAAUCAGAAUCUCCCUGAAGCGAAUAACUUUCAAAAUUCAUUCGCAAAAACUUUUCUCAAGCCACAAGGACCAAGUAAGAUCAAUCAUCAGUCCAGUGAAAAUUCAAACGCGAGCGGUGGGGGCGGGUGUAAUACCAUGCAAAAUAAUAACAGCUUGAUAAAUCAUCAAAAGAGAAGCGAGUGGCCUGAAGAAAAAUUACGCGAAGGAUUCCACGAUGUGAGACAAGAAGUCCCGAAUACUAAUCCCAACUGUUUAGCGUGGGCGGAAGAAAUGAAGCAGAUCCAAGACUUUCACGCUAUCUCCAGUCUCGGGCAUCAUCCCUUUCCCCAGUACGGAUACCCUACUUAUCCCGUGUUCGACAAACCUUAUCCCAACACUUGGGAAGGCUACAACUAUCACCAACCUUAUCAUCAGCCGGCCGAAUACCCGCAUCAAUUUUACCAACAGCCUAAACGCGAGCCGUGUUUUCACUCACCACAGUAUCCGUACCAGGGGAUGAGCCCCUAUCAAGGGAUGAACCCGGGAUGGGCAAGGUGGGAAACUCCAAGAUGGGAUAUUUACGGACCACCGCCCUAUUUUCCGGUGGUACCGGAACCCCCGCCGAAGGCCGAGCCUUUGGGAGAGGUCACGGAUUUUUCUGACAACGAGGAAUGUUUCAAAGAUUCUCAGAUGGGAGGGGUGGCAAUCGCUUUGGGUCACGGUAGCGUACUCUUCGAAUGCGCUAAGCACGAGAUGCACGCGACAACUGCAUUGAAAAAACCCAACCGAAUAAAUCCGACUAGGAUCAGUUUAGUUUUUUACCAACACCGCAAUUUGAACAGACCUAGACACGGUUGGGACGAAUGGGAAGAGAAAAUGAGACUCAGAAAAUUAGGAGUUACAGCUACAACAGCCCCGACAACGCCAACGAUUCCAACGAGCCCUACCGCAGCUGGUGGAGAAAAAUUACCACCCUUACCUCACAUACCGAGCGUACCAAGUUCUCAGUUCAUGAUGAGGUCGCCUACCUACACCACAAUGACUUGGACUACGUUGUUCCCUAUGCAUCCGUGCAUGAUAACUGGCCCCUAUCAGGAAGGAGGAGCAAUUGGAUGAGUUUCAAUUAACGGAGGGUACAUUUCAAGUCAUAAUAAAGGGUCUGAAAAUAUUGGAUCACGCUUUCGGACAUGAGGCUGGCGCGGUUAUGCGUUAAAACAUCGAGGGACAACGCGGGACAACGUGUGUGAGGUACCGUGUUAAAUUUUCAACAGAAUCAUCCUUCUUUGUCAGUCGUCGCUUUAACUCGAAGUUAAACGAAAAGCAAUAUCACGAAAAUGAUGAAAAUUACCAGCAUCGCGAUGAUAUGUCUCCGGGAGUAAUCCGGAGAUCGUUGCGAACCUAAUUAUUCAAUUGCCACUGUCAUAACUGAAGAGCUGAAAAUUUUAAAUCAAAUUAGGCGCGUUCUAUGACAACCGAAUCGAAAAUAUAAGCACUGCCAAAAUUUUCCCUUUUUCACGUCUUGCUCGAUUAAGUGAAGUCGGCAUUAAUUAUUUUAACGAGAACUAUAAAUGAAACUGUAUGAAGCAGCUGAAAUAACAACGCCGCAAUAAAUGAUUAGGUACCAUAUACCAUAAGCGUGACUCGAGCCUAGAGGCUCCUGAUAUUAGGAAGACCUUUUAAUGGGUACUAAAAAUAUAUAAACUUCAGGUCAUGUCUUAUUGUGCAAUUCAAAAUUACGCGUGCAUAUCAUGUCUAAAUCAAUAAAAAAUAUUCAUCGACUUAUGACGAGUCGACACGCGAAAUGUCCCUGAAAAGUCUGAAGAAUAUAAGAAAAGAACACACUUCGACAAUAAAAUGAAAAAAAAAAGAAAGGAAGACAGAUGAAGAGAAUAAAGAGAUAGAAAAGAAACGAGAUUAAAAUGUGGGUAGAAUCUGCUGACGCGUGAUGAUAUUCCAGAUAUCGAUUGAUUAAACGUCUGACCUUCGUGACGAAAUCAUUUUUAAGCUAGGGAAUAUACGAAAGCCCUUUUAAUUAUUAUACACAAUGACGACAAUGCUCUACGUAGUGUUGUAAAGUAUCAUAUACGUCGAGUAAUAUACGUUACAAUUAACAAUUCGUGUUAUAGUAGCACCAUAUAUUAUUGCGAUUAUUGUCUUUUUAUUAUUAUUAUUAUCAUUGUCAUGAUUAUUAUUAUUAUUAUUGUCAUUAUCAUCAUUAUGAUUAUUAUUACUAUUCGAUCGCUUAGAUAUCAUUGAAUAUAAUCAAUCGUUCAUAUACAUAAUCAAUUAGGUUGACGAUUAUUUGUAUAGCCACUGCACAAUCACAUUUCAUGUUUUUUUUUUUUUUUCAAAUGAAAUGAAAUCGUGAGACGCGAAACAAAAGAAUAGAAAACAAAAUGAUCUCAAGUUUAUAUAAUUUAAAAAUAACGAUAUACAUAAUUAAUAUCUUAUUUUCUAGCCUUUGUAUAUUAUGUGCUUGUUAUUUUGUAUUUAUUCGUAUUUUGCACCAUGAUAUAUAAAUACUAAACAAGUAAUGGUUGACAUGCAAAGUAAAGGAAAAUAGAAAAAGAUGAAAAAAAAAAUAAAUAAAAAUAAACAAAUAAAAUAAAUAAUUGAAUAAUACAAAUACUAACCACUCGCUAAGAGGCGACUGAGUACAAAACAUUUUGUCUAACAAUCACGGGAAAAAAGAAAAGUUGAAUCAAAAAUAUAAUAAUAUAUAAUACGAACCCGGUGCGAUAGGGAGUGUGGCUACCACAUGUAAAGGUAUUAUAUCACCCUGUGUCGUUGUAACCGGUAUUUUAAUCGAGGAAGGGAAACGCGGGUGUUGACCAAAUUUGAAAUUAUCUUCUUUAUUUCCAUUACUUCCAAAAUGUACGUACUAAAUCAUCACGUAUGUUAGGUAACUGCAGAAGUAUUUCCAAAUUUAUCUCAAUCGCCAUCAUAAUUUUUACAUAUUAUAGUAUAAUAAGCCAUACUCGAAAUGACUCAAAUUUACGUCGAAGCUCAUAAGACGGAAUUCGUAUUUUAAAUUAUACAAAUUACAAUUACGAUAGUAAUAAUCUUUUUUCUUGUAAUUCUAUUUCCGUUAAAUCUAAUUUUUGUAUUAUUUCAAUUUUGUAUAUACCCACGAUAUGAGUUUAUAGGUCACAUUAAUCAAUUACCUAACUUGUAUAAUUUCAUAUCUUAUUUUUUUCCAAUUUUAAUUUUAGCAAUGAAAAAUUUACCUGUAUUUAGAAUUGCUUUGCUACAUUUUAAUUAUUUAUUUAUUAUUACAAUUAGAUUAAUUAAUAUUAUUAUUGAUAAUAUUAUAUACUAUUGUUUUUAAUCCUAGGCAAAUUUAGCAUGAUUGUAGAUGAUUUCUAUCAAGUUUACAUCAACUAUAUGUUAUCAUUAUUAAUUAUUAUCAUACUAUAUUAUUAUUGUCAUCAUUACUGUCAUUAUCAAUUGUGACUAUUAUUAUCAUUAUAAAUGCUAAUUAAUAAUAUUAUUAGAAGUACUGAUUGAUUAUGUAUGGAGUUUUUUUUUCUUUUCUUCUCGAUUCAAUUCACGGAUUUUAUUUUUUCGUCACGCGCGCUGGGGUUCCGAAUAUCGAGACGGUUCAUUUUCCCCGAGUAUUAUAAGAUUCAUUAAUAUAUUGUAUCAUUCGAGAUAUCAUUCAUUAUUAUCGGGUAUAAUGAUAAUUAGUAAUAAAAAUGUAAUUUAAUUAUUUAUUGAUUAAGUUUGACAAAGUGUUAUUGUACUACUACUUUUAGCUUACUAUAUAUUUUGUUACGAAACACUGAUGCCGAAUUAUUAUCAUCAUCAUCAUCAUCGUCAUGCACUCGUUAUAUUAUAAUAUCUGAUCGAUGAUCUCAAUAUCAAAUUUAUCGCGAAGGCAAUGUCAGGGUUUCGUUAUAAAUUUAUCCCAAAAUUUUUACAAGGUAAGUUCUUUAUUUAUUUAUUUAUUUAUUUUUGCCUUUUUUUUUUUUUAAUUUGUGGACUGUAAAAAAAAAAUCAUACACACAAGGAUGGACAAAGAAUAUGAAAAGAAAAAAUUCUUGUUGUUUGAUCAAUUCACAAAUCUGCACAUAGCCACUAUACAGUAAAACUGCAUCACAUUCUCUGUUGAUUCUUUUUCGUUUAAUCCUUGCGCAGAAUUGUUAUCUGUGAAAUUUCCCUGCAUUUAUCAUUUAUAAGUGUACAGAAUCGAGGCACAAAUGCGAAAUCGUAAUUUCUUUCGAUAAUUUGAAACGAUGUACAAGAAUUUUAUGUGAAAUUGACAAGUAUUGUAUAAUGCCAUGGUAGUAUUGAUUAUUGUUUCGUUUUUUUUUUCUUUUUCUCUUGACUUUACAAUUAUAUAAAAUACGCUAUAGGAUCGUCGUAGCGUAUCUGUAACAUUAAUAAGUAUUACUACGACUUUUCGCAACAGGAUUUUUUUAAUCAUAAUUUUCGUGUUCUCUCGUAGGCACGUAUACAUGUAUAUCUAUAUAUAUAAUAUGUUGAACGUCACAUGCUAGCAAGUUUUGAAAGAAGAACAAUUCCGAUUCUAAAUUGAACUGCUUCUAUUGGAAAAGAAAAAUUCUUCCCCGACAUCGUAGUAACAAUUGGCUUUGCAAAUAAACGUGUAAAUCAAUCGAUACGUUCGAAAAAAAAGACAAAGAAAAGCGCAGUCUAUACAUACAGAACAACGGAGUCACGCAUCCUUCGUACUCCGAAAUCAAGAAGAGUUCAUACAAUUUUUUAUAAAAAAAGAAAUGGAAAAAAAUGAAAUAAAUAAAUAAGUGAA